ACAACCACAAAUUUAAUCCCUGAACAGAAACUGCUUUGAAAAUAAUAAUAAAUGUAAGACCCCGUCUCUGUCCCACAGUUAAACAAAAAAAAAAUCUGGAGAAUUCCUGUUGCCAAGAGAAGAAGAUGAAUUAAUUAUCUGUAGCUAGCUACGGUCGAUCGGUCAUAAAAAAAGAUUAGCUACGGAGAAUGGCACUGGCAUCAUCAUGGAACAUGAACAUGGGUGUUCUUGUUUCAACCAACAAGACGAUGUCGUUUGAGAUAUCAUGCAGUAGUAGAAAGAGAGACAGAGACAGAGACAAAGAACGAGGCAGUAAUAGUAUCCAUCCUCCAUAUAAAGUUGUUGAGAUCACUCCUCCACCCAAAUAUCUUGGCGUUCGUUGUCUCCCUCCCCAGAACUUGCAGUGUGGAGAGAGUGUCACAAUUGAAGGACAAGCUUAUACUAUUUCAGCUGUAACGCUUCGAUAUCAGCUUCGUAAAGGGAAAUACGAACAAAGCGAGAAGAGACUCGAUGUUUUGUCGACAGGAAGAUACUUAGUAAAUCUGUAUUUUGAAAAUUUAUUAGAACAAUCUUGAUGAGUAUUGCUUGAUUGUGUCUGUUGUAUGUAACUACUAUCAGAAUUAAUGGCAAAUUAGAAAAGCUUUCAUUAUAAUUAGUUUUUCUAAAAAAGAAUGUGAAAACUGCCUAGCACACAACACAUGAGUAAAUUUAAAACCUUGUUCAUGUCUUUGAAGGUA